CUCUCUCUGUCUAUAACUGAACGGACAAGUGCGGAACGGUAUCUGCUGAGCAUUCACUGAGGUAUAUCCUAUUCGCUGAGUGUGACCAGCGCCGGCGAUGUCGAAGAGAGCCGGUUCCUCGGUGGCCAGCACCACGAUCAAACGUGCCCGCCGUGCCGCCGCAUCAGGUCCAACGGGAGCCGCCGAUGAGGAUCUCUCAGACGGGAGCAACUUUGAUGACUACGAUAUCGCCGCUUACUCCGACGACAACUACGACGAAGCAGGCUUUGACGACAACGACGAGGCAUUCGCAGCACCGAGGAAAUCACUUGCAUUGAGAUCAAAACGACCAGCAGCGAGUAAACGAUCUGAUUCGACUGCACCCGUGAAAACGCGGAUCACGGAUGGGUUGAAUGAGGAGCAUGAUUUCGAUGAUCGGCCGGCGGAGUUUAGGGGAGAUUCUGUCAGCCAUUUGUUUCAGAGAUUCGAACAUUCAUGGUUGGAUUUGAAGCCUGAUCAUGAUUCUCGACCGUUGUGGAUUGAUCCGAAGUCUGCGAAGAUUUAUAUGGAGGCGUUUUCACCGUUGGCCGAACAAGCAGAGGACUUCUUGAUUGCGAUUGCGGAGCCCGUCAGUCGUCCGAGUCAUAUUCACGAAUAUGCAUUGACAGAGAACGCGAUGCACGCAGCUGUCUCUGUCGGAUUGCAGCCUAACGACAUCAUUACCGUCCUAAACCGACUCUCAAAAUUUACCAUCCCCAAAUCCAUCGUGCAGUGGAUUACCGAAGUCACCAAAGCCGUAGGUAAGGUCCGUCUCGUCUUGAAGGGCAACAGGUACUACGUCGAGAGUACGACUGCGGAUUUCCUGCAGUCGAUGUUGCAGGAUCCGCAAAUCGGGUCGUGCCGGAUUCAGACGGAGGGGACUGCGGCGGAUGUUGCGGUUGUGAAGGAGAGGGCUCCGAGGAUGGAGGGGUUGGUUAUUGCUGGUACUGGGAAGGAUAAGACGGGUGCGAAGACAGAGGAAAAGGAUGGUGCAGAGGGAGAUAAAGUGGAGGACGUGCAGCCGAAGAACGACGAUGAUCUGUUUACUUCGAUCGUGGGUAUUGACGAAGUUGACGUUGAGGAAGACGACGAAGACGCUGUCCACUCCUUCGAAAUUCCAGCAGAUAAACUGGAACAAGUCAAGAGACGCAUGUUCGAACUCAACAUUCCCGCUCUCGAAGAAUACGAUUUCAGAAACGACAAGCUCAACGCCGAUCUCGACAUUGACUUAAAGCCAAGUACCCAGAUUCGACCAUAUCAGGAGAAGUCGUUGAGUAAGAUGUUUGGUAACGGUCGUGCGAGGAGUGGAAUCAUCGUCUUGCCAUGUGGUGCGGGAAAGACAUUGGUGGGUAUCACCGCCGCCUGUACCAUCAAGAAGAGUUGCUUGGUGCUGUGUACUUCCUCUGUGUCUGUCAUGCAAUGGCGUGCUGAGUUCCUCAAGUGGAGUAACGUUAAACCGUCAUCCAUUGCAGUCUUCACCUCCGACACGAAAGACAAGUUCGAGGGUGAUGCUGGUAUCGUGGUGUCUACCUAUUCCAUGGUCGCACAACGCAACAAACGUGCGUAUGAUGCGCAAAAGAUCAUGGAGUGGAUGCAGAACCGUGAAUGGGGUUUCGUGUUGCUUGACGAAGUGCACGUCGUUCCCGCAAACAUGUUCAGAAAAGUCAUGGAGGUGAUUCCAUGUCACGCCAAACUUGGUCUCACCGCUACCCUGGUCCGUGAAGAUGACAAGAUCGUGGAUUUGAAUUACCUUAUCGGGCCGAAGUUGUAUGAGGCGAAUUGGAUGGAGUUGUCGCAGAAGGGGCAUAUUGCCAAUGUGCAGUGUGCUGAGGUGUGGUGUCCCAUGACCCAGGAGUUCUACCAGGAGUAUUUAAAGGCGUCCUUGAGGAAGAGGACAUUGUUGUACAUCAUGAACCCAAGGAAGUUCCAGGCGUGUCAGUUCUUGAUUGAUUACCACGAGAAGCGGGGUGAUAAGAUCAUUGUUUUCUCCGACAACGUGUACGCGUUGAAGGCUUACGCACUCAAGCUUGGUAAGGCGUUCAUCUUUGGUGGAACGCCACAGCAGGAGCGUCUUCGUAUCUUGGAGAACUUCCAGCACAAUGAGUUGGUGAACACCAUCUUCUUGUCGAAAGUCGGUGAUACCUCCAUUGAUUUGCCGGAAGCAACGUGUCUUAUCCAAAUUUCCUCGCAUUACGGAAGUCGUCGUCAGGAAGCACAGAGAUUGGGUCGUAUCCUUCGUGCGAAGAGGAGGAAUGAUGAAGGCUUCAAUGCGUUCUUCUACAGUCUUGUGUCGAAGGACACGCAGGAAAUGUACUACUCUUCGAAGCGACAAGCAUUCUUGGUUGAUCAGGGUUACUCUUUCAAGGUUAUCACGCACUUGCAGGGUAUCGAGAGUAUGCCGAGUAUCGCAUAUAACACCUUGGCGGAGCGCCGAGAGCUCCUACAGGAGGUUUUGCUGCAGAAUGAGGAGGCGGGCGAGGAGGACAUCGGUGACGAUGCUGACGACUUUGUGGGCCGGACUGGUGGAAUGCAUCGUGCAGGAGCUGGUCCCAAAGCUAAGCGAUUCGCGGCUUCGCUUACAUCGCUCGCUGGAGCGGAUGAUAUGGCCUAUAAGGAGUACAAUAAGUCUGUGAACAAGACAUUGACGUCCAAGAAGCAGGAUCUGGUGGGUAGGAUGUUGAAGAGGAGAUGA